AUGUCUUCAAUUGGUCCUCAAAUGCCACCGCAUCUCGUAAAGAGAAAGCGCACCCCAGAUGACGAAGGCGAAGACUCACCACCGACAAAACAAUCGCGCAACACCGACGAGAUUGACCUAGAAGAUGACUCCGAUGACGACAGCUUCGGUCCUAGUGCCCAUGGAAGAGCAGCAGAAGCCACAGCAGCCUCGAAGCCCUCCCCGUCAUUAAAACCUUCCAUCGGCCCAAAUCUCCCCCCCUCCAACCCAACAAAUACCAGCGAAAUUCCUCUCGACGACUCCGAUUCUGAAGAUGGUUGUGGCCCCUCUGCUCCCCGCGUUACAUCAACAGCAGAAGCUCCGAAACGCAAGCCCGCAAUAGGACCGACUCCACCGCCCAAACAAAUGAUAGGCCCAGCGAUGCCACCACCUCCAGACCACCGUGGCGCCGAUGAGAACGGUAACAGCUCCUCGGAUUCCGAUGACGAUUAUGGCCCUGCCCUCCCGUCUUCUACAACAUCCGCCCAACGAGCCCAGGCUGCGGCGGCCGCAGCAGCGUCCCAAGCCUCUGCAAGUUCCGUGGCGCCUCAACGCGACGACUGGAUGCUCGCACCCCCCACGCAAUCAGGCUACCACGAACGCGAUCCGACAAAGCUCAAGAACCGCAAAUUCGGAAGCGGCAAGUCUUCCGGCGCGGGCGGCAUCAGCAGCAUAUGGACUGAGACGCCGGAGCAGAAACGCAAGCGUCUGGAGGAUGCUGUGCUCGGCCGCGGAGAUGCGACCGACGCGGCAGGCCCUCAGCAGCCGCGCCGUACAAAGGAAGAGGAGGAGCGUGACAGGCGCAUCAGCGAGAACAUCGCAACGGCACGUGGUCGCAGCAUGUACGAAGAACAUCAGCAAAGCAAGAAAGGAGGUGUGAAGCAGGGUAAGGACGAAGAGGAGGAAGACGACCCAAGCAAGAGAGCCUUCGAUCGGGAGAAGGACAUGUCCCUGGGAGGCAAAAUUGGAACAGCACAGAGGAGGGAGCUGCUCAAUCGAGCCAAAGACUUUGGUGGUCGUUUUCAGAAGGGGUCGUACCUUUGA